GUGAGUGUGCCCACAGCUUCAGAAGCUAAAAAAAGCCAACUCAAGGAAAAGAUCGGCAGACUCACCCGUGUACAGUGGACAAAAGCCCGUAAAAAGUGCUGCAUUUUCCGGCUUUUCCACCACAAACGCUGUCCGUGCUUACGGAUUAGCUAUGUUGCUUCCCGUGUAAAGUGGAGGAGCUCGUUUCCGUCUACUUUUGGUGUUGCGAAAAAGGGAAGCAAUAAAACGGUGCUGUGUGCUAUGGUGAAAGCGUGCAGAAAGAGGAGCCCCGUUUAAUGUCGGUGACGAUUUAGCUUCUUUAUUUUCUCUUCGCACGGGAACAAGAACAACCGACCGUGAUUAGAUCCGCACGCUCACGGUGUUCAGUUUGGUGGCAAGUGUACAUUUUACGGUAGUUUUUGCGAAAUACAAACAAACAGCGCCUGCACGAUGGCACCCCAGCCGCUGGAGCAGGGAGGAGCGGUGACGAGCUUCAUCCCGACGGGGCAAGAGAUGGCCCAGCGACAGAAUCUGAUCCCGUUAGGGCGUUUGAUCGAUUUCAUCAUCCAGCGAACGUACCACGAGCUGACGGUGUUGGCGGAAUUGCUGCCCCGCAAAACCGACAUGGAUCGCAAGAUUGAAAUUUACAACUUUUCCGCCAGCACGCGGCAACUCUUCAUCCGGCUGCUCGCCCUGGUCAAGUGGGCCAACUCCGCCUCCAAGGUGGACAAGUCGGCCAAGAUUAUGGGCUUCCUGGACAAGCAGUCGAUGCUGUUCAUCGAUACGGCCGAUAUGCUGUCGCGCGUGGCACGCGAAACGCUCGUGCACGCCCGGCUGCCGAACUUUCACAUACCGGCGGCGGUGGAAAUCCUAACCACAGGGAGUUACUCGCGCCUGCCGUCCGUCAUACGCGAUCGGAUUGUGCCGCCCGACCCGAUCACGCCCGCCGAGAAGCGGCAAACGUUGCAGCGCCUGAAUCAGGUCAUCCAGCAUCGGCUGGUGACGGGCAGCUUGCUGCCGCAGUUGCGCAAAUUUCGCAUCGAAAACGGCCGCGUCACGUUCAAGGUGGACCACGAGUUUGAGGUGUCGCUUACGGUGAUGGGCGAUGCACCGACCGUACCGUGGCGGCUGCUGGACAUUGAUUUCCUGGUGGAAGAUAAGGAAACGGGCGAUGGGAAGGCGUUGGUCCAUCCGUUGCAGGUGAACUACAUCCAUCAGCUAAUCCAGGGACGUAUCGUGGACUGUACGGAUGCCCUGGCGGAGGUGUACACCUGUCUGCACUACUUCUGCCAAUCGCUGCAGCUGGAAGUGCUGUACACGCAAACGCUCCGUCUGAUCCGCGACCGGCUCGAUGAUCACAUCCACGUGGACGAGUACGUGGUUGGGUCACGCCUGACUGUGUCGUACUGGCGCGAGCUCACGAACAAGGAUCCCAAAUCGGAACUCGGCUACCGGCUAACGAUCCAAACCGAUCCGAACGAUGCGGCGAAACAACUGGCAAUCCUGCACGUACCGUCAAUCGGCAACAAGGAGGCGGACAUUGCGGACCGUGCCGUCCGGUCGGAUCUGCUGUCGAUGGAGCGGCUGCUGGUGCACACGGUGUACGUGCGGUCGCUCGCGCGCCUGAACGAUGUGAAAACCGAGCUGCAGCUCUUCCUGAAGGACGUGGAGUACAAUAUCCAGGGCACGCCGGCCAUGCUGACCGUGCCGGUGCUGAACCCGUGCCUGCGUGCCGAGCACAUCUACAUUACGGUCGAUACGCACACGGGCAUGCUACGCUGCCACGUGCCUAAGCACCUGGACUGUCCGAUCAUGCCCGAAAUGCAGCACGCACUGAACAACGAUUGGUCGAAGCUGCAGCACCUGAUAUCGGAGCUGCGCUACUGGAUCACCCAGCGGCGAUGCGAGAAGACGCUGCAGCAUCUGCCGGCCGCGACGCAGGACCGGUUGCCGCUGAUCUACUCGCACACCCAUCCGAUCGCACGGAUGGGUCCGCACAAGGUGUUCAUUCAGCUGUAUCGACACGCGAACGUUAUUUUGAUCGUUGAGCUGAAGGAGAAGAAAACGUGCCCAAACGAAAUGACCUACACCUUCUAUCUGGUGCUGGUGAAACCGUCCUCCGUCGAGGAGGGACAAUCGCCCGACGUGCUUAGCGGUCAGCCGCCUCAGCCGUCGGCCGCCGGUGGUCCUGCACCCGGCAGCGAUGCGGCCAACGCCGCAAUGCCCAAGAUGUAUCUGCGCGUCCUGUCCAUGAUUGAGUUCGACACGUUUGUAGCGACACACGGCCCGGGCACGUACAUCGAUGACCCGUGCCCGACCAGCACCAGCGGCACCAGCGUCAAGCGCAAGGUGUCCCCGCUGGACAACGCGCUGUCGGCGAUCGGGCCACCGCUGAAGCAGCAAAAAACUAUCUACCCGGCGUACUUUAUCCCCGAGCUGGCCCACGUGGUGGCGAUGUGCGACGAAAAGCUACCGUUUGUCACGCUGGCGAAGGAGUUUUCGAUGCGCAAGAUACCGCACGGUGGUCUGCAGGUGGAAGCGAAUGCGACCUCGCUCGUGCUGAAGCUGCUGACACUACCCCAGCCGAAGCCACCACAAGCGCCACCUACUCCCCAGCAGCAGCAGCAGCAACAACAGCAACAGCAACAACCCGGAACAUCCGACGCCAAGUCGUCCGGUGCUGGCGCAUCGGCAAACGAGCCGAAAACCGUACACGUGCCACCGAUCGACAAGCAGGUGUGGAAUGCGCUGCUCAAGCGUCUGCUCUCCGUGUCCGUACGGGCUCAGGUGAACAAGAGCAACCAGACGCGCCUCUGGACGAUGGAGCUCGUCUUCUACGGCUCCCCGCUGCCCAGCCUGCACCACAAGGAGCAGGGCAUGCGACGGGCCGUCUACCUGCAGUACGAAAUGCAACCGGUCGAGUCGGUGUCCAAGGUGGUCGACCAGCUGCUGAGCGACUGGUCCAAGAUCGUGUACCUGUACACACUCGUGCACGAGUUCCGCGAGCAGUACAACAACGAAAAGUACAACCUGCCCAGCAUGGUGGCGAUCAAAUCGUACAGCUACACCAACCUGCUGCUCGCCUACGGCCCGAACAAGGACGUCAGCGUGAACAUCUGCUGGGACACGGAGGCGAAGGAGUUCCGGCUCGUCUUCACCGGCGGCAACAGCGCGAUCAACGCACACUCGAUGAUGCGCGACCAGCUGCAGGCCCACCUGAACCACAACUACAGCCUGGCGCAGGUCGUGCACAUGCUGCACGAAACGUACCAGCCGCUCAGCUCGAUCGCCAAGCUGCCGAUCAUACCGCAUCUGGCGAUCCUUCAGUCGCCCAAAAUCCCGGUCCUGUCCUUCUGCAUCAUCCCCCAGUCGCCGACGCUACUGCGCAUCUCCUUCCAGGGUGUGUACUGUCUGGAGGUGCGGUUCCGGGGCGGCGGCCUGUGCACCAUCCGGGACGGUGCGUACAGCCGCUUCGACCGGAGCCACGUGGUGGAGGAAUUCACACCGACGCAAGGGUUGAAGGGCUUCCUGUCGAAGUACGUGGACGAGACGGCCGUCUUUCGGCGCCGGUCCCAAUCGGAGGAUGAUAAUCCACCCUCCCCCGUGACGCUGGAAGAUCCUUCCGCUGGUGCUGGGAACAAUGGUGGUGGUGGAGGUGGUGGUGGCGGUGCUGGGGGUGGUGCUAAUACAUUCCUCAGCGGGGGAACGGGCAUGAGGGGACCGCAGAGCCCGCGCGAUCCGGGGCUACGGUUUGCGGCGCCGCUUACCCCACCCACCAGCUCCAACCCGCACACCCCCGCCAGUCCACACCCGAUCGGUGGUGGAGGUGGUACGGGUGGAGCUGGUGGCCAAGGUGGCCAAGGUGGCCAGGGAGGACAGCAGCAGGGUCAUAUGAAUAAUUUCAACAUGACGUCACCGCCUGCCUCGCACAUGCCGCAUCCGUCGCCGGGCGGAGGGCUGAUGCCGUCGUCGCCGCUGAACGCCCAACCGAGCCCGAUGGCGGCACACUCACCCGGCCCGAGCAGCCUGUCGUACAUGCAGAGCCACACCGAUGGUAGCCCGUUCGCGGCACUCUCACCCGCCGCCUCGAAUUGGCCCGGUUCGCCGGGGAUGCCGCGGCCGUCACCCCGUCCCGGCCAAAGCCCGGAACAUAAAGUACAAACGUCUCAUCAUUACACGUCACGCGUUUUGCCGGCACGCUCGUGGGCGGGAGCGAUCCCAACCACGCUGACCUACGAAGCACUGGAUACGCUUUGUCGUGCCACCCCUCACCCGCAAAAGGAAGUGCCUGGACCGGAGCUGAGCCCGCUGGAACGCUUCCUCGGGUCGGUGUUUAUGCGCCGGCAGCUGCAGCGUAUCAUUCACCAGGAAGAAAGCCUGAUGGCAAUUACCUCGAACGAGCCGGGCGUGGUCGUAUUCAAAGCGGACUGCCUGCAGUACCAAGUCUUCCUCAACCCGAACCACAUGCAAUCGCUCCACCUGAAGGUGGACCAGCUGCCGAUGGGGCCGAUGAUGGACGGCAAACCGCCGUACCAGUGGGCCGCCCAGGACCUGCAGAUACUGGAGCAGUUCUUCGACCACCGGGUGGCCGCCCCGCCCUACCGGCCCGCCGUCAUGACGAGCUUCACGCGCAUGCUCAACCUGCCGGCCAAGGUGCUGAAGGACUUCAUCCAAAUCAUGCGCCUCGAUCUGAUGCCCGAGCUGGUGCAGGGCAACAAGUGGAACGUGCAGUUCGUGCUGCGCGUCCCCCCGUCGGCCACACCGAUCGUACCGGUCGGCACUACGACGAUCCUGUCCCACCGGCAGAAGAUACUGUUCUUCAUCCAGAUUACGCGCGUCCCUUACCUGCCCAACAUGGAGUGGAAGGACGCGGUCACGAUGCUCCUGCCGAUGGUGUACGACAUGAACAUGAACCACACGACGCUGGCCGAGCGGCGCGAACCGAUGCCACCGCAGCUGACCAGUGCGGUCAGCGCGCAUUUGCGCCGCUUUUCCGAGUGCUCCGUGCUGCUGCCGGACGAGUGCUCGCUCUUUCCGGCCGUGCACGAUCUGCUGCUAACGCUAACGCUGCCGAACGAACCGCCCGCACCGGGCCAGAUGCAGAUGCAGCAGCUCGGCGGUGUGAUGCAACCGGGAGGAGGUCCGGGUGUGCCGGGCGGUCCCGGUGGACCGAUGGGAGGACAGAUCGGUGGUCCCACGCCGCAGGUAGUGCCGCAGGUUGGCUCCAGCCCUAGCCCCAUGAUGCACUCGCCGAUGCAACAGAUGGGCGGCGGUGGACCACAGCCCGGAGCGUACGGUGGGAUGGUGGGAGGACCUGGUGGAGGGCCACAGUCCGGUGGACCCGUCGGCGGUGGUCCCGGUGGACCGAAUUAAACAAACGUGUGUGUAUGUGUGUGUGUGUGUAAACAAAAUCAAAUUACAGAUAAUGCAAACAACAACAACCGCAGCGCUCUUAUUUAACUAAUGUAUAACUUGUAUUGUAAAAAUAUAAAACGCACCUUUGUGCAAAGGCCGUACCGACGUGCAACAACGUG